AUGACUUUCAUUGGUAUUGCAAGGAAAGGUAUUACCCAUCAAUUUUCACCUCGUCUAGUAGCUUUCGAGCAUACCCCCAAAGAGACAUCCGCCCCAUCUCAAAACAUCCUCAUCUUCAUUGGUGGUCUCUUUGACGGACUUCACAACGUUCCCUACACCUCAACUAUAGCAGAUGCCCUUCCACCAACCUGGAGCAUCGCUCAAGCCAUCCUUUCCUCCUCUUACACCGGCUGGGGAAUCUCCUCCUUACAGAAAGACGUCAAGGAGCUCUCCCAAUGCGUUGCGUACUUCCGCACCAUCAAAUCCGGCAAGAUUAUCCUGAUAGGUCACUCGACUGGGUGUCAGGAUGUCAUGGAAUAUCUAACUGGAACUGGUCACGAGGACCGCGCUCCCGUCAAUGGUGGCAUUAUUCAAGGCCCCGUCAGUGAUCGAGAAGCAAUGAUUAUGACGAUGGAUCCCGCUGUCUAUAAAUCAGCAUGUGUUACUGCUCAGGCAAUGGUCGAUGCCGGAGAUAGCGCAGAGGUUUUACCUUCCAAGAAAACGAAUAAAUUCUUACCUGGCUGCCCUAUUUCUGCGUACAGAUGGUUGUCACUUGCCAGUCCGAAUCACGAUGGUGAUGAUGACUAUUUCAGCUCUGAUCUCACGGACGAGCAGCUUAUGAAGACGUUUGGGAGCUUGCCAGCUACGAGCCCACUGUGUAUACUGUUCUCCGACGCGGACGAGUAUAUGAAUAAGGAUAUUAACAAAAUGGCUUUGACGAAAAGAUGGAUUGAGAUUACGAAGAGGGGAGCUGGAAAGGUUGAUGAGGAGAACUCGAUACCACUGGAGGGAGCUUCACACAAUCUGGCUGGUAAUUCAGAUGAGGUCGUUCAGGGACUCGUGCGGAGAGUUCUGGGGUUUUUGAGUGGCGUCUCUGCAAAUUCAAACCUCUGA